UACCAUUCCUCCUGACACUUCUCUCUUUCUUUCUUUCCCUGUACCAAAUAAUUAACCUCUCUGCUCUCCUUUUUCUAGGUUACUUAUUUCCCCAAGAGAGACCCAGAAAGAAAAACCCAAUUCCCCAACUCUGUUAAUUGUGUCGUGUUUGCUUUACCUUUUCCCCUCCAUACACUCACUCUCGACCAAGCAGGAAGGAAACCCAGAUAGACAAUUAAUUUCCUGGAAAGGGUUCUGUGUUACUUUUAGUUGGCUGGGAAUCAGGCUUGGCUAUUUUUCUCUGCUCGGACAACAGAAGGGAACGAGAAGAGAUGGCGCUGCAGUUGUUAUUCACGGUAGCUUUCUCGGCUGUUCCUUUGACUCUGUAUAUCCCGCCAGUGCGGAGCUUGAAUCUGUUUGUGGAGACGAUGGAGGAUCUGGUGAGAGAGUCUAGGGUCUACACGGUCAGGUACUAUCCUCGAGCCAGGAACGUCUGGUCAAGGCUCUGGAACAUCUUCCUCUGCAAUUUCGCCGUUUUGGAGAUGGAUGAAUGGAAUUGUAUGAUCCUUCAUUCCCUUCAGAGAUCGUCGCAUUGGACCUUUCUUUGCUUUCAUUCUAUCAUUUGAUAAACACAGAAAAAAAAAAAAGAUACAACAGCAGCAAGUACAGAUGUUUCACUUUUGAAGGCCAACCUCUUCUAUUCUAGUCCUUGGCGCUUUGUGUUCGCUAAAUGUGAGAAUGAGAUGCAGGCGUCAACUUUUGGCAUCAGGCGGCUCUUUGGCUGUCGUCUAUCUCUGUCCAUGGAACGGUGGACGAUUGACCUGAUCGAACUACAAAUGGAUAGACUCUCAUCACCACUUCUGGAAUUCUUUAAUUGGAACAAAGCGUUCACUGAUGAUUUCGUCCAAUUAGAUGUGUUUGUUUAUAUGUUUUUAUUAGACAAGUUGUAAAGGAACUGAUCCAGAAAAGAGGAGGGAAAGGGAUAGAGUAUUGCGAGUGCCAAGGGAUAGACUCUCAUCGGUCAGCACCAUACCAGCAGCAGCAAAAGCCCCAUGUUUUUGCGCUGAAGAAGAAAUCAACUUCAGCUAUUAAUGUCGUUUAGUCGACUUUAGUCGACAUGGAAUGGAACGACACUCCCUUUCCAUAUUUAUCCACAACAAACAAAAAUACUUUCUUUCCAUUCGCUAAAUCG